GUAAUAUUCAUAUUUUCGAUUUGUAUCUAUCAGUUUUGCUUUCGUUCAAAAAAAAAUGUCAACAUUGAAUCAAAACCAAGUUCUUCAAAAUCAUCGAACUCGCCUUCAAGCUGAAGAUCGGCUGAGAAGGAAUUGGGCCCAAAAUUGGGGUUGGGUAAUUGAAGAGAACCGAAAAGUUUGCGAGAAGGUUUACGACAUAAUCAAGGAAAAUAAAGAAUUUUUGGUGCCUUCCGAAGAUAAAUUUUACAAUUCGAAAAUUUCCACAAAUGUUUUUCCGAAGAAGCCACUGAAAGUUCGAAAUAUCCAUGGUGAGGAGGAGACUUGGCCCCCGAUUCCGAAAACAACGAAUGGGGUAUAUGGACGACUCUCGCAUCUCACGGAUAAGUAUGAUCCUAUUGCACCGAGAAAAGUCACAAUAACUGAGUUAACCUACGAUUACUUCUAGCUGGAUGCAGUCUAAGACAAAAAUGCUGAUUUAGACUUAAGAAUUGAAUAUUAAGAAUCAAACAAAUCCGUCGACCAAUUAUGUCUUUGAAUCCUUCCUUAUCCUGACAAUCAACUUUCAUCCUUAUGUGGCUGUAUAUGUGGUAGAUUUUUCACGCAUGCAUUUUAAGCGGUGACGAGGUCCUGUUUCGUCCCUUGUCAAAAAGAUCUCUUCGAAACAGGACAAGGAAAGGAUUGAACUUUAUCGAAAAUCUAGCAAACUUACCGAAACUUAGGUUAAAAUACAUCCUUUCCUUUACAGGCUCUCAACUGGGUGCAACUACAUAUGUUUGUCCUUAUUUGUGACCAUUUAAUUUAUUCAAUUAUUUAUUUCAAUAGAUUAAUCGUAACAUUAGUAAGCUAAA